AUGCCGUCACAAAUACCAUUACAACCAAUGCAACUAUCGACUAAUUUUCCAUCUCAAAUAGCAAAUAAUUUUUCACUACAACCGUUAAAUAAUUUUUUUCCAUAUUUAUCUAAUACACCCUUACAAAUAUUACCAAAUGUUCCUUUAUAUGCAAUGACGAAUAUCCCUUCACAACUAUUACCUAAUAUCUCUUCACAACCUUAUUUUACGCUGUUUUCAAAUUUUUCUAAUCUACAUCCUUUAUAUACUUCAAUAAAUAAUUCAGUAUUACAAGGAUUAAGUUCUUCUAAACCUGUUCCUCAACUAGAUGAAUUUUUGACAAAGAUAGACGAGGCUAAGAAUGCAAAUGGAGAAAUUUUAGCAUGUUUAUCAAAAUUUCAAAAUCAAGCUAUUCAAGUUGAACAGAUAUCUAAAUUAACUGAUGAACAACUUGACUUAGUAGGAAUUACAAAAGCAGGUUGGAAAAUCGCAUUGCAGGAGGCUUCUAAAGAGUAUAGCCAAUAG